AUGCGAUCUGAUGUGGGAGCUGCAUCUGUCUCCACCCCUAUUCGAACUCUCUCUGCUCGGACCCGCUCCAGUGUUGCUUUUGCGAAAUCGGCCCUCUCCCCCCACAAUAACCAAUAUGUCGAGCUCGAAGAUUUUGGUGUCGCGACCAGUCCAAUCGGGGAUGAUGAGGUGAAUCAUGAUCGCUAUGCCUUGCCUCCGAAACCGCGCAAGAAGAGAAAAUUCUACUUUCCGCAUACCUUGUGGACACGUCUUUUUGCAAUCACGGGAAUCAUUGAGACACUAGGCACUGUCGGGAUUGAGAGUUGGCUCUUCAUAAGCAUCUCAAAACACUUCGAUGAUAGUGGUGAUGAGGAUGCUACCCUGCGCCUUCGUUCGUUCCUCGGUCUUUACAUCUUCGCCUUGUUCUAUGAGCUUGCACUCAGUUAUGAUGCGCUACGACGGAAAAACACAUUUCAACUGAUCGGCCUCUGCAUCUGUAACUUGGGUCUGUUGGUAUAUGGUGCUAUUCAGACGAAGGAAGUUAAGGACACACUUUCCAACCUGGGUGGAAGCACGGUGAACGCCGCUCAUCUUUGGAUGCAUUAUCGAAUCGCUUUGAUUCUAGUACCAGUCGUCUUGGGGGUUGGCACCGUGUGCAUGUCCGUUGUGACAUGGAAGCUGCGCGCGGAAUUCUCUUGGACUAUUUACAAGAGCAUCAGUGCGGACUUGCAGAUGAGUUGGCGAUAUACCACAUACCAGGUGUAUAUUGCGCUCCUGAAGUUCGAUUUCUUUUUCAUCUUCGGCACGCAAUUGCAAGUGUUGCUCGCACUGAAAGAUGUCACCGACUCAGAGUUCCUCACCCAGGCAGUCAUGAUACCGGUCGCCAUUAUUAGCUUGAUGCUGGCCGCACGCUUCUGUCGUUUAGAAAAGACCAAAUCUCUGGUCUUCAUCAUGCUCCUUUUUGUGGUGCUCAUUGCCAGUUUUGUCUUCACGGUGCUCCAAGUUUUCACCGGCAAGGACAGUACCCAGUUGACCAGCUACAGGGUUUCCUUGACCUUGUUUGCCACGUUGGCAAUUCUACUUCUUGCAGGCACACUUGUCAAUUCUGUGAUGUGCAUUUGCAAUUUCAGGAAGGGGUUGAAGGAGCAUAUCAAAAAUGCCCGAAGUCAGCAGCCGACUGCAGAUCCGGAGAAUGCCUGGACGGAAGACACGAAAUCACGAUUUGUACUAAAUUAA